GCGAUGCCCCUUGGUCUGAGACGGGGAUUCUCGGCCUGUGACAGGAAUUUAACAAUAAUUCAGGUUUAAUUUCGCCGGGAACAGGGAUCGGCCGCUUGCUUUCUGUCGAAGGUGGCAAGAUGUUUGCUUUCUUGGUGAGAAGAUGCUGGCAAACAAGUGGUAGAGUUCAGAAAUUACUUCAGUUUCCAAAUGAAUCAAGAAACAUCAUGGCCUAUAACUUAUUGAGCCCUUGCACACAAAGAAGAUUUAGGAGCCAUCAAGCCAUCAAGAACGUGCAAAAAUCUACAUUUUUCAGGACUCAGACAAGCAAUUUUCAUGUAUCAUAUCAAGCAUCCAAGAUAAAGAAAGCAGAGGAACCAGAGAAACGUGAAUUAGACUUACUACGAUAUGAUUUCAGAGAAUUGAAAAACAGCCCCAAACCAGCCCUCUAUCUUUGCUAUGGUGGAUUAAUUCCUUUUGUAUCAGCUCCCCUUGGAAUGGCCAUAACAGAGACAUAUUUUCCUGAACUAGCUUUUGCUCAAAUUGCAUAUGGAGCAGCAAUUCUCUCUUUUGUUGGAGGAAUAAGAUGGGGAUUUUCAAUUCCAGAAAACAGCCCUGCAAAACCUGACUGGUUGAAUCUGGGAAACAGCGUGGUUCCUUCUUUGUUAGCCUGGAUAGCCUUACUCUUUCAUGAUAAUCUGACUGAAGCAACAAUUCUGAUUAUCAUGGGUCUCGGUAUAGCAUUGCAUUAUGACUUAGCCUUACUUGAAGGUUAUCCAAGUUGGCUCAGAGCUCUUCGAACAGUGCUGACUUUGAUAGCAACAUUUUCCUUGGUUGCCACAUUAAUAAUCAAAAAUACAUACCCUGAAAAAAAGCUAUUGCCAGAUAAAAAAUAAAAUCUAAAGGGAUGCGAUUUUUCCUUUUGUUAAAGCAACAGAAAGGACUUUGUUUUAUAAAAAAAAACUGCAAUAAAAUUGUAGCAGAGAUGCUCAUAAAUGUUGUGAAUUAGUUGUUAAUCACACUAUUAUAUUUCAGAGACUCGGGUCACCUUUUAAAAAUUUCGCCAUUAAAAAGAUCUCUAUUUAACUUCCAUAUUUUUGCUAUAUUUUUGUUCAAGCUGAUCAUGUAAAAGUACUAUCAAUGUUGUGACCUAACAAAGAAAAUAUAAUGAAUUUCGAAUAAAGAUCAUCAUGUCUAAAGUUUCUUUAUCUCUGGUUACAAUUCUCACACAGGUUUAAGACAUUUGCUUUUAGCUGUUUUAUGUAAACUAUUAAUUUAAAUUACAGUCUGGCCAAUGUUUGCAUUUCAGGACGUGGUAGAGUUACAUAGUGGCAUAAAUCAUUUGUGUGCAGGCUUGAUUUGUUAGCAACAUACCGAGACAUGAACUAGUUGUGCAGAUAACUAUAUUGAGUUAAUCAAUUAAAUAAAACUUAUAUAAUUCUAAGUAUCCAGAGAGGUUGAAAACCUUUAUUUUUGGUAAUAGCAUAGGUCAAUCCUGGCCUCUAAUUAGUUAUCAGCACUUUGGUUAUAGUCAACAUUAUAUCCAUGAACUAGGUAAAAACUUCCUAUUGCUGAAUAAAUGCAUCAGCUCUGCCAGUAAGUCUGCAGUUAUCACAUGUAUUGAGCUAAGCAGAGAUUUCUGGUACAUUUUAAUAUGAGAAAUGUAUGACUUAUGGAAGGUAACAGGAGAGCCAUGUUCAAGGUUUUAACACUUCAGAGUUUAAUUAGUCUAAAUGUACAUUUUGUCCUGAAGACUAUGUAUCUGUUGAUAAAUUGCACUGUAUAUUUAAUUUGUAUUAUGGUCUUGAGUCUGGUAGAAUGUUCAAUUUUGAUCAUUGAAAAUUAAUGGUAGCAUCUGAAAUGUUCCAGUAAACGAGAAUAUGGGAGCUUGAAUUUGCAAGAUUUGCUACACUUUCAUUAAGCUGAUGAGAAUAAAUACUCUGGCCUUUUAAAGAUCCUAGCACAUUUACUGG